CCUUUUUAAUCUAUUUAAUUUAAUUUAGGACUCCCCAUAUAUUAACUUUCCAUAAAAAAAAUUCCAAAAUUAUCUUCUCGUAGCUAAAUUUUAAACAUACACAUACAAUCCUUACAAGAACAGUGCAGAAAGCGAUCGAAAAUGGCGUUUGUUUUCCCCUUUUGUGCUCGUAGUUGACCUCCAAAUCAAAUCCCUCGAUAAAGAAGCGAAGGAAGGAACAAUCGAGUGCGUUGCGCCUCUACCGUAAGCAGCUAUGUCGUUGCGCAGGCGAACCUUGCUCAAGGUCAUUGUUCUCGGCGAUAGCGGAGUGGGAAAGACAUCGUUGAUGAAUCAAUACGUGCACAAGAAGUUUAGUCAGCAAUACAAGGCUACCAUUGGUGCUGAUUUUGUCACUAAAGAGCUUCAGAUUGACGACAGACUUGUCACUCUACAAAUAUGGGAUACUGCUGGGCAAGAGAGAUUCCAAAGUCUCGGGGUUGCUUUUUAUAGAGGCGCGGAUUGCUGUGUUCUUGCGUAUGAUGUCAAUGUGAUGAAGUCUUUCGAUACCCUUGACAACUGGCAUGAGGAGUUUCUCAAACAGGCAAACCCACCCGAUCCAAGGUCAUUUCCAUUUAUUUUGCUUGGAAACAAGAUUGAUAUUGAUGGCGGGAAUAGUCGAGUGGUUUCCGAGAAGAAAGCAAAGGAUUGGUGUGCUUCAAAAGGGAAUAUUCCCUACUUUGAAACAUCCGCAAAAGAAGAUUUCAAUGUUGAUGCUGCAUUCCUGUGUAUUGCCAAGGCUGCUCUUGCCAAUGAGCACGAACAAGACAUAUAUUUUCAAGGGAUUCCUGAGGCAGCAGUUCCAGAAAAUGAACAGAGGAGUGGAUGUGCAUGCUGAUAUGGAGAUACUGAAUAAUUUUCUGAACUCCCCUUGUUGCUGUAGUUCAAACUCUUCAAAUUCUUUUUGGUCAUUCAGUGCAUACUGUAUGCCUUGAUUGUGAGAGUAAACUGUGUACCUUGAGGUUGCCAUUUUGAUAAAUUGUACCAUUUAUUGUAGUCCUGUUUUAGGAAGGACGAGCUUCAGAGUGUUGCACUUGCAGGUAAAGCAUGUUCAAUUGAUAAACUAUAGCCUGCUAGAUGCGGCAUGAACCAUGGAAUGUUUAAAUAAUUUUUGAACUUUUUUUCCCGUUCA